AUGUCGCUCGGUCACAACGCCUGGCCCCCAGGCAAUAUUCGCCCCCCAGAUGAACAACAGGACUCUCCGCGCCCCGUCAAUGGCUUGGUCAAGACAUUGUCCGGCUCGCGAACCCCCCAAAUACGCGGUUCGGUCAGCGCCGAGGGCCCGAAUGCCGCUAGUAUGACUUCCGAGCCGGAUAUUACCAUCGAAGAGGACCCGCGCAUUGCUUCAUUCCGCGAGCUAUUCCGAACAAGCGAGGCGAAAAUUAACGCGCUAUUUUCGGGUCACUACAUCCCCGACGAAUCCUCCGAUGCCGCGGUCGCGGAAAUCGACUCGUCCGAGCUCAAAAAUGAACGCGUCGAUGCGCCGGCCGCCCCUGCUGCGGCACCCCCAAAGCCCACCCGCAAGCUUGACGACGACUACGACGACUAUGACGAGGACGAUGAUGCGGAUAUGGAGGAUUCGGUCGAAUCGCCUUCGAAAGUGAAAUCCGUACCGCCAUCGCAGGACCCCAAUUCCUCAUCCGCCCAGCGCCCGGGAACAGCUGCCUCUAUCAAUGCCGAUGUAUCAAAGGAGCCCAAAAAAGAGUCGUUGGAAGACAUUCGGAAACAACUGGAGGAGGACAAAAAAGCGACGGAGGAGGCCGCCAGGCGCAGCUUCCAUACCCUGUUCUACACUCUUGAAAAUGACCGAGACGCCAUGAUGGACCAGCAACGGCUGGAAGAGUCUGAACGACAAGUCGAUGCAGAGAUCUCGGGACAGGCCAAUGCCGGUGGAAACAAUGUCGCUGCUGGCUCGAAUGGAUACAGCUCUUUGAGUAACACCAAUCUCGGAGCUUCCAGUUUGACCCUGAAGAACCUCAUUGCCCGAAUUGACAAAAAGCGCGACAUGGUACAAGCAUCCGAUGCUGAUCUCCGCAGCUUGCUGAGCGAGGUGCGCAAGAAUCGUAGCAAGUGGGCCAGCGAGGAUAAGAUUGGCCAAGAAGAGCUUUAUGAAGCUGCAGAAAAAGUUUUGAGUGAACUCAAAGCUAUGACAGAGCAUUCUAAUGCUUUUCUGACCCGUGUCAACAAGCGCGAUGCGCCGGAUUACUACACAAUCAUCAAACAUCCCAUGGAUCUUGGUUCAAUGACUAAGAAACUCAAGGGCUUACAGUAUCGUUCCAAACAAGAUUUUGUGGAUGACCUUAAUCUUAUUUGGAUGAACUGUUUGAAAUACAAUACAAACCCUGAACAUUUCCUGCGCAAACAUGCUCUUUACAUGCGAAAAGAAACGGAAAAGCUUGUUCCUCUCAUUCCAGACAUUGUCAUCAGAGAUCGAGCUGAAGUUGAAGCCGAAGAGCGUCGACUUCAGAUGGCAGAGCUUGAUGGUGCUGAAGAGAGUGAUGAUGAACCCAUAAUGUCUUCUCGCGGUAGAAAGGCUCCCGGGAAGUCGUCCAAAAAAAGCAGUGCCCCGUCUCGCAAUACCCCCAGUGGCUCUGAGGGCCCCUCGGGAAAUCGCACCAGUCAACCUCCAGCACCUGCUCGUGCAGAUUCAGACACCGCUAUGGAAACGAGCCAGAAUGGGUUCGGUACUCCCCCACCUGGAUCUCAUACUCCCUCCGACCCAGCAGGCCCUGGAGUGGGUGGUACAGCAAGCCAGCAAGACGAAUCUAUGGAAAUUGAUGCACCUACCACGUCAACCGUGGUUCUUAGUGCUCUGUUGGGUCCCGGCGCAGAGUUGGAAGACCCUGAAUACAAGGUCUGGAAACAAGUCACAAAGAAGGAUCGGGCGCUCAUUGCUGCAGAGCGACACCGUCUUCUCAAAGGCGACAAGGUCAAUCCCGAAGAACCGGCUUUACUCCGAACCAAAGCUGGCAUGCGACGAUGGCUUCGCCAUGAAAAGCAAGCAGCUAUUGAAGGUGACAAAUUGCACGACGCAUCCCAGGCAAUGGAGCCCGAGGCAGCCGGUGAAACACUAGCUGAAGGUAUCGAGGGCGAGGAAGAGAAGAUGAUUCCCUAUUACUACGACGUCAUGUCGGGUGUACCUGACCUUCCAGAGCGAUUGGCUUGGAAGGAAGAUGCGCAAGGUAAUGUCGUGGAUGCUUCAGAAGAAUACCUUAGAGUUCUUCCAAAGGGCUCUUUCCUGCAGCCCGACAGCAAGCUGUCUCGCAAAUUAGAGGCGAAUAUGCGACAAAUGCAGGAGACUCGCAAAAUUUGUUCCAAGGUUGGCAUCGUGAAGCAGAUGCAGAUACAAUCCCAGAUGUAUCAAAACCAAUUUCAGAAAUACAACCCAGAGCCUUUUGCGGAACAGGAUGUUCCCCCUCAUGUCAUGAAUGACAAUGGUCCUGUGAUUGCUCCUGGAACUUGCCGGGCAGCACUGCAGCGCUCCGUUGCUAAGAUAUUCUAUCACUCCGGGUUUGAGGAGUACCAGCCAUCUGCUAUCGAAGUUGCCACCGAUGUUGCGUCCGACUUUUUCCACAAAAUCGGUGAAACCUUCAAGUCAUACAUGGAAGCUCCUAAGGUUCCAAUCACCGAGUCUCAGGAGGCCGCGACAUCGGCUGCUGAGUGGAAGUCAGCAUACACCGAGCCAGAGAUUGUACUUCAUACCCUUUCUGGUGUUGGAAUUAGUAUUGAUGAACUUGAGACUUACAUUAAGGAGGACGUUGAACGGCUCGGGACCAAGCUUUCUGCUGCCCACGAUCGUCUCAAGUCAAUGCUCACUGACCUGCUCCGCCCUGCCCUUGCUGAUGCUGGCGAGGACGGCUCUAAUGCGUUCAAUGAUGGAAGCGAGCAGUUCGUCGGUGGCGAUUUCGCAGAAGAUAUCGAUGAAGAUUUCUUUGGCUUCAAGGAACUGGGGCUCGACCGCGAGUUUGGUCUGUCCCAGCUCAGUGUGCCGUUGCAUCUCCUUCAGAACCGGAUGUACAGUGCGGCCCAGUCACAAAACACCAGUACUACGCAAACAGUUACUAUCUAUCCCUCACCGCCAUCAUAUUCCCGUGUCUCAACGGACAAUCUACCCGAACAGAUUGGGCUGGUGCAAGCCUUCUUCAAGGGCAAGCUUGACGCGAACCGCGAUGAACCGCUCGUAGAAGAUCUCGAGCUUCCACCCAAACAAAGACCAAUGGCUGUCAAACCUCGUCUACCAGCCUCUGGCAAGAUUCCACCCAUGCCUGGUGUCUCAGCACCUAAUACAAGCCCUCAGAAACGACCUGCCCCUCCAAAUGCAGCCGCAGCGGUCAAGACAGGCGCCGGGGAACCGAGCAAGAAAAAGGCGAAGAAGAACAGUGGUGUCGCCCUUGAGGUGCCCAACUUCAACUUCGAUGGAGAUGCAGAUCAAGGGUCUUCCUUCGAUGCAAAUAAAGAUUUCUCGACCGACAUCAAGCCUGAGGGUAAUAAUUUUCCAGAUGGAACCGAUGAACCCAAUGCUUCCCAGCCGGAUAAUGUGCCCAUGACCAAUGGUACCACCGUAUGA